AUGUCCACAACAAAAAAGUCAAAAACCUCUUUUCCUUCGCUCAAGCUCAAUAAUACCAUUACUGCUAAUAGUGACAACAUUAAUACCAAUAACCGUCCUGUCACAUACAGACUUGUCAAAAGUUACAGCUCUAUCGACUAUAGCGACUUGAGUCACAAACAACUGUUUUACAAAUUAUCUGACGAGUAUAGCCAUGAUAGUGCAAAACAGAAUAUUGCUCUACUCAACGCGUCUCCGACAUAUUAUCGUGAAGUGAUCAAGCCGGAUGAAAGGCACGCGAAGAUUUUUUGGUUCGAUGCAGCAUUAAUGUAUGCUCCAGGAAUAAAUAUAGUCACGUCAUCUCCAUUACUUUCACCAGCAAUGACAUAUGAUAGCAGAUCCA